GAAGCCGAUGAAUAUGUUAAACUUGGCCACGAAGAGCAGCAGAAAAGGCUGCAGACGAUCAUAAAGAAAAUUGACUCGGACUCAGAUGGCUUUCUCACGGAAAGUGAACUCAGUUCGUGGAUUCAGAUGUCUUUUAAGCAUUAUGCUAUGCAAGAAGCAAAACAACAGUUUGUUGAAUAUGAUAAAAACAGUGAUGGUACUGUGACUUGGGAUGAAUACAACAUUCAGAUGUAUGAUCGUGUGAUUGACUUUGAUGAGGACACUGCUCUGGAUGAUGCAGAAGAGGAGUCGUUCAGGCAGCUUCAUUUAAAGGACAAGAAGCGAUUUGAAAAAGCUAACCAGGAUUCAGGUCCUGGCUUGAGUCUUGAAGAAUUUAUUGCUUUUGAGCAUCCCGAAGAAGUUGAUUAUAUGACGGAAUUUGUCAUUCAAGAGGCUUUAGAAGAACAUGACAAAAAUGGCGAUGGAUUUGUUAGUUUGGAAGAAUUUCUUGGUGAUUACAGGCGAGAUCCAACUGCAAAUGAAGAUCCAGAAUGGAUACUUGUUGAGAAAGACAGAUUCAUGAAUGAUUAUGACAAAGAUAACGAUGGCAGACUUGAUCCCCAAGAACUGUUAUCUUGGGUGGUACCCAAUAAUCAGGGCAUUGCACAAGAGGAGGCUCUUCAUCUAAUUGAUGAAAUGGAUUUGAAUGGUGACAAAAAGCUCUCAGAAGAAGAGAUUCUGGAGAACCAGGACUUGUUUCUCACCAGUGAAGCCACAGAUUAUGGCAGACAGCUCCAUGAUGACUAUUUCUAUCAUGACGAGCUGUAAUUCCUCAGUAGGUCUGAGUAGAGUACUGGGUCCUUUUAUAAUUUGUUACCAGCUUUACUUUUGUGAUAAAGUAUUAAUGUUGUAUUUUACACUCAAGUCUUACUACAGUCAGAAUUAUCUUAAUGUAGAUUAUAAUUUUGGCCUUUUAGAAGAAAAACAAUAAAAACUUGAUAUUUAUUUCAAAACGCAUUGAAGAAACAAAACAUUAAUAUUGUGCCAUAUGACAAGAGAGUCUUUCUUAAAUACUUCAUCUGUUUAGUACUGUACUGUGGAAUAUUUGGGUUCUAUUUCCAUACUUGAAAAUGGAGGAUUUUCGAGAUGCCUGAACAAUAUUAUUUAAGUAGUAUGUGACUGAGCUGUCAAUUUUUGGUUUUGUUCUAAGUAGAUUUAAUUUGGGAACUGACAGAAAGGACAAUGUUUUUAGGUUUAGCAUUUUGUUUUAAAACCUUUAAAGGAACCUUUAGAAGGACUUAACAUCUCACAUAUUAAUGUUGAGAGUUCUUAAUUUUAAAAUGGUUUCGAUAAAGGGUCUUAUUGUAUGAAAUAGAACUUUAUAUUUUUGCAUAUGUAUAGAUAGUAAUUAUAUUUAAUGUAAAACUAUAGCAUUAUGGUGUGUGGAAUUUGACAUUGUCUGGAACCUUUUUCAUUUUUGACUGAUUAAAAAAUGAAAUGUCCUAUCUUUUUACAUGUUUGUUUGCUUUUCUUUGAUCUUCUGUAUAAACCUUGGAUUUAGUACAUUA